GAGACGUGUCUUUUUUUUUUUUUUACGAGUGUGUUAAGGUGUGUUCUCGUUCACUUGCAUGACAGACAACAAAGGUAAGGACGAAUCAUUUCCACAGAGGUUUUUUCUUCUUCUUUUUUCCCCAGCUCAUUGGGAGGUGCUGCUGUAAUCGGCGAUGGUAACGGGUCUGAUGACCUAGUGUUAACGUUUCCACCCCGACCGACGUUGAUUAUUUUCCUACUGCGGCAUGUCCCGGAACGUUCCAGACGUCUUCUAUCAGAGCGGUUUGUUAACGUUAACGUUUUUAAGGACGCUACGUCAUACUUUCAGGUCUAAAGUUCCGUUAACGUUGAGGAAAGUCAGUUGUACAUCAUGAUAUAACAUGUAGGAGCAUUGCACACGCUGUAGUGGUGGACAUGGCACACCUGACACUGUGUUUGUUUUGUUUGUUUGUUUUUCAUGGAAUUUGCAUGGGUGGAGUCGUGGAAGGGUCGAGGGGUGGGGGAUGGGAACAACGCAAUUUUCAAAUAAGCCUAGUCUAGUUUUUUGAUAGAUAAAAUUAUAGAUAGAUUUUGAAUCAUAAAUUGUUUGAAUUAAUCAUUAAUUGCAUCAAUUGAAAACAAUUAAUUAAAAAUUAUACUGAACAUUUUUUUUUUUUUCAUGGUGUGAAAAUGUGAUUAAUUUAGCAACAUUUGAUCAGGGUUUUUUUGAUUUUGUAGGUACGCCUGUAUUUUGUAAAGUCUGUAGCAUUAGUAGGUUUUUAUUUUUUUGGUUUUGUUUCAUACUUUGAACCCUUUGCCUGCGAGAACGACAGCGAGAGAGCCAAGUAGGCCUAGGAAACUUCCUAAUUUUAUAAUGACUUCAGCUUGUACUCCAACCAAAGUCCUACGUUUACAUGAAUCGUUCAUACCUGAAAUGUAUCAGCUGAACUUUAUCUCGAAUGUUAAUGUGUAUUCCGCUUCACUGGAAUGAAGAGGUCCCAAGGCUGUUCUAGCCUGACAAUGCCUCUGUGCACAAAGCGAGCUCUACGUGUGAACACACGGUGUGUUAAGGUCGGAAGAAGGUCGAAGAACUCGAGUGGCCUGCACCUGCGCAGUAGCCUGACCCGCCACUCAACCCCACGCCACACCUUUUUGAUGAACUGGAACACCGACGGCACCCCAGACACUCCUGAAUGAACACUACAGUCGUGUUAUAAAACCUAGUGGAAAGCCUUCAAAGAACAGUGGAGAUUUUUAUAACAGAAAAGGGGGAUUAAACCUGGAAGGGAUUUUCAGCAAUUACGUACGGACAUGAUGGUCAGUGGUACACCUGGUGUAUUUUAGCAGCAAGGUCCUACUGGUCGAAUAGCGUACUGUAGCCACAGCCAGACCAACGAGCACCAUAAUAUAUUACAGUAUGGUCUGCGUGGUUUUUCUUCUUCUGUUGUUCGUUCCAACAGUGUGUUUAUUAAUACUUGGCGUACGCCUUGUGUAAUAAAGUAUUUUUAUUUCAAAGGAACCGGUUCUCCAAGAAAGUCUGGUUCUGCGUUUCUCUGAUAUUUCAUGUGUAAACCAUUAUGGUAUGUGUCUUAUUGUUGCCAGUGGCCAAUACGCAGCGGUCUUUGUAAAGACAGGCAUUUUAGUGGGUUUGAAAUGAACUUUUACUUUCUUUCUUUCUUUCUUUCUUUUCUUUUUUGUGGUCACAACUCGGAUCAUUUUAGCACUUGAAUGUUCCCGGUACAGCUCUACCUGUUGUGCUUUCUUAUUCCGAGCCUAGUUUUCAGAUAAUGUUCUGAUUUAGCCUGGUUUUGACCUUUGUAGAGCAUCACACUGCAAAAUAAGUAAAUAAAUAAAUAAAUAAUUCAGUGGGAGAGUUUAUUACCAAAUAAAACCUUUUUUUUUUUUUUUUUAAAUAUAAAUUGCAUUUUAAUAUUUCUAUGCAGAUGUGAAAGAGCGCUGGAAAAUAGUCCAAAAUGGCCGCCAGUGACCUCAGAUAUAUAUCUGGUGAGUUGUUUUUUGUUUUUUUUUUGUAAUAGAUUUGUAAUAGAUCAUAUCAUUAAUUCCAACAAGGAAAUUAUCAAUUGUUUAUCUUAAGUCCUGUACUCAAUAAGAACUGCUGUUGUAAUCAUAAAAACAAACCUUAUGAUCAUCAGGUUUCUUAUUUCUAGUAUGAUCAUUCUGUAUCCUUUGCACACAAUCCGUGCUGUUUGCCUUCUCUUUGUAUGACUUCGAAUCUACCAUAACGAUUUAUAAUCCCGCUAUCCGGUGUCACCCAGGAGAGGAUGAGUUCCUUUCGAGUCUGGUUCCUCACAAGGUUUCUUCCUCCUUUCGUCUCAGGUUAAAAGCACUACGUGUACGCAUAAGAUGAAAUGAACUUGAAUCGAAGAUGUGUUUUUAAUUGUAAUUGUAGCUAAGGCAACAUGACUCCAUUUAAACUCCGGCCCCCCCGGGGUGUUACUCUUUCGAAUGUCUAUUAUGAGCACUGAGAUGGUUGCACUUGUUUUUUUUUCUCCCGCAGGUGAUGUGCAUCGUGUCUCAGAAGUGAGCAUUGUGCUGCUAGGCUGCAGGAAUUCUGGGAAAAGUCUUGCUGGAAACGUCAUCCUGGGCCGAAAAGAUCUUGACUUACAGGAAAGCACACGGAGCGUGAAGAGACAUGGAGAAGUAGCAGGGAGGAAAAUCACUCUGGUCGAAGCUCCAGGAUGGUGCAGUGAUAAACCUGUGACGGAGAGCACCGAGUUACUGAACGAGGAGAUAGUCCGCGGCGUGUCCGUGUAUCCUCCUGGUCCACAGGCUGUACUGGUGGUGGUCAACUGUGGUGACGUAUUUAAAGAAAACGACAGAGAAAGAUUAGCAGGAUGUCUGAAUCUCCUUGGUGAUGAAGUCUGGAGUCACACCAUAGUUCUGUUCACCUUUGGGGACUUCCUGGGAGACGUCACCAUAGAGAGACACAUCGAGCGUGAAGGUGUGGCUCUCCAGUGGCUGGUCGAGAAAUGUGGAAACAGAUAUCAUGUUUUUAAGAAUAACAUGGAUGACGACUCGCAGGUUAUGGAGCUGCUGGAGAAGAUAGAGGAGAUGGUGGCAGUAAACAGAGGCUGUCGUUUGGAAAUGGACACCACGAUGUUGCCGAACGUGGACGAGAGCAGGAUAGGAGAUGACUCCAAGGAGAGAAGGACAAAAGGCAUGAAAUAUUCACAUUAUUUCAUGAAUGUAUGCAUGUACUUUCUCAAAUUCCUCCAGGUUUUCUGGUUCAGUUCUGAGCUGUGGAGCAUCGCACAUUCAACCCGUGUCCGUAUGGGUUCCCCCCGAGAUCUCCAGUUUCCUCCCGCCUCCCGAAAACAUGCAGCAGAGGAUUUUAGAGAACCCAGUGGAACCGGAAAAGGUGCUCGGUCCACAUCUUCACUGCACCCUGACGCUGGACAUGUCUCAGCAGACACUGAAAUAUUUACUCCUGAAUUGGUUGACAACUAUCCUAAUGAUAAGAACAGAAUGAAAUACAGGUUUCUUUGCCCUCGUGCCGGGCAGUUUAAGUGCAAACUGACAGACCUUGUGUUCGAGAUGGAAGGGAAAGGGGAAUUGCUGUACAGAAUAGUGUCCUGGGACGGCUGUGUCUCGGAUGAGUUAAAGGACAAGGAGCCUGCAGGACCUCUGUACAGUAUCGACUGCCUCGAAGGUUCAAUCCGUCAUCUACACCUUCCGCACUGUGAGAUCGAUUGGGGCAAACAUGUGCUUCAGCUAACUGUGGCACACGUGACUGGUGGAAACGUGGAGAUCAUUCAGCCUCUGAAAGUAACAAGCACACACGUGAUCGUAGACGUUCGACGUUUCUCCCUCGUCGGUCUCUUAAAAGCGCUCCUAUUCCAAGCGUACCCCAUCAGAGCCCAAGUCCUCCUGUUCUGUGAAGAAACUGGGAAACACAGGAUGAGUAAACUGCACGUCCAUCUCUUGCCAGGGAAUGUCCCCGUUGAAGAGGUGCAGAAGCAACGUAACUGCACGUACACGUACAUUGAGACACGCUCUAAAUGUCAGCUGACCCCAGAUAAAACAUACAGGCCGUGCUUUAGAACUACUGACUGUGAUUACGUGUCCCAACCUGAGGACGAGACGUUUGUUCGUGACUACGGCCCCGACUAUCACUCUACGUUUGAGGUGCAGUUUAAUACCGAGCUCGAUAAAUUCACUUUAAGUCUCUUGGAUGAAAAUGGCCAGGAGGUGUGGAGGCCUGAUCUAGUCUUGCUUACAGAGGGUUUUAGAGAACACGACGGGACCAGAAAAGACGCUCGGUCCGCGGCUACGCUACACCUUGACUCUGGACAUGCCUCAACGGACACUGAAUUAAUAUUUAGUCCUGAAUUAGUUGAAAACUGUCCUAAAGAUAAGAACGGAGAUGUAUACAGGUUUCUCUGCCCUCAUGCCGGCCUGUAUAUGUGCAAACUGACCAACCUUGUGUUUGAGAUGGAAGGUAAAGGUGUAGUGGUGUACAGGAUCGUGUCCUGGGACAGCCAUGUCUUGGAUGGAUUACAGAAGGAUUCUGCAGGACCACUGUACAGUAUCGAAUGCCUCGAAGGUUCAAUCCGUCAUCUGCGCCUCCCGCAUUGUGAGACCCGUACCGAUGUGGUUAAAUUGACUGUGGCGCACGCAACUGGUGGAAACGUGGAGAUCAUUCAGCCGCUAAAAGUAACAGACACACAUGUGAUCAUACACAUCCAUGGUCUCUCCCUCUUCGGUUUAUUAAAAGCGCUGCUAUUCCAAGCGUAUCCCAUCAGAGCACAAGUUCUCCUGUUCCGUAAGAAAAUGACUGGAAAACACAGUAGGAGUAAACUGAACAUCCAUCUGUUGCCAGGGAACGUGCCAGUUAAAGAGGUGCAGAAACAACGCGAGUGCAACGAGAACAUUGAGACAACCUCCAAAUGUCAGCUGACCCCUGGGAAACUAUACAGGCUGUGCUGUAAAACUACUGACCGUGAUUACGAACCUCAACCAGAGGAAGAGACGUUUGAUCUUGACUACGGCCCCAACUAUCACCCUACGUUUGAGGUGCUGUUUAAUACCGAGCUUGAUGAGAUCACUCUAAGUCUUUUGGAUGAAAAUGGCCAGGAGGUGUGGACGCCACGUGAGGUCUCGCUUCUUACAGAUACAGAGGCAGUCUCAGCAAACACGGAUACAGCAGGUGCUGACUUUGUGGACAAACACAGAGAAACGCUGAUUCAGAGAGUUCCUUCAGUAAUUGAGAUCGCAGACGUUCUAAAAGGCAAGAAAAUGAUUAGUGAUGAAAUGUACUAUAAGAUCGAGACCAAGGAAAUACAACAAGAACAAAUGAGAGAGCUGUACAGAUGUCUCACCUCAACAGCUGUGAAAGCAGAAUUCUAUAAAAUUCUUCAAGAGAAACGUCAGUAUAUAUUGGAGGAUCUGUAACGGGUCAGGCUUAGUGAAUGUUUAACUGAGUAACUCACACGCAGAAAUCAUA